AUGCUAAAAGCGCGGAUUAAAAUAUUUGGUCAGACGGAUAAAAAGAGUGAAAUAUCCCGAUUUAUAUACGUAUCACAGGGAAAUGUGAACUGUAUAAGAGACGUAAAAGAAGAAAUAGAAUCUAUCUUUUUUAGAACAUUAAAUAUAAAACAACACAUUAUAAGUAUUACUGAUUCAGAUGGAUACAUAUUCAGUGAGUGGCUGCCGCUUGAUAAAGUGAUAAGUGAUAAAGUAAAUGUGUACAUAUGCGACAAAGCAUGUAAUAAAUGUAAAAAUGGAGUUAUAGAGGAAUAUACAUAUGAAACAGAGGAAGAAAUAGAAGAAAAGCCACGAACGCUUGAAAUAAAAAUAGAUAUACCUGAAAAGAAGCAGGAACAAAAGAAGAAAUUAAUUAUACCACCAAAAAGAACAAUCCUGCCGCCUAUUUCAGGUAAAAAAAAGAUAAAAUCUUUAGAAGCUGUUAAUAUACAACCAAAUAUUACAGAUAAAAAGGUGUAUAGUGAAAAAGAGAGCACUAUUAAAAUUGAUAAAGAAAAACAUAUUUCUAUCUCAGAGAAUAUGCAAUACAAUACUAUUGCCAAUAAAAGUGGGAGUUUAAAUAAUUCAAUAAAAACAUCAUCAGAUACCAAUAGCGCACUACUAGAAACAGGCGAUGAAUUAUAUACAGACACCACAAGUAGUACAAAUACAUCAAAUGCCAACUAUACAUCAGCAGAUGAGAGUGCUUCAGAAAGCAGCACUGGAAGGAAGUAUAUUUUAAAAAAAGCAAUGAAAGUACAGCCAAUUCGUAAAAUACAAGCUCCCCCUAGCAGAUAUGGUAAAAGAAAAUAA